AUAAAAAAAUUGAUAUUUGUUUUGAAAUCUUAAAAAUUGAUUCAAUUGUUGACCAGUAAUAUAGUGGACGACAAUCACCGAAAUGUCUAUUCGGGAGUCAACUCAUGUCGGGAUCCGUGAAAGGGAUCACUUAUACAAACUAAUGAUAAGUCAGCUCUUCUACGACGGCCACCAAACUCUGGCGUUGCAAUUGUCGGGCGCCGUGAAGAUGACCGAUGCGUGUCCACCAUCUGAUCGUUUGAUUAGUUUAGUGGCAAAUGCUCUUAAACUGGAAGAUGAGAGCUCUUCAAUAAUGACUGAUGUCAUACAUCCCGGCGCUGGCAUUGAUCUUGACUUUGAAACUGAACGGACAGGAACUUCAGUACAGACGAGUCAAUAUGAAACAGUAUACGUGACCUCUCAUAAGGGCCCGUGUCGUGCCGGCGCAUUCUCACCCGAUGGACAACUUGUGGCCACCGGAUCUGUUGACGCGUCCAUUAAGAUAUUGGAUGUCGAGAGGAUGAUAGCUAAAGGCAGUGGAGUUGCAGAAGCACAGGAAAUAGCCGGACAAACGGAUACACAUCCAGUGAUUCGCACACUUUAUGAUCAUAUGGAAGAAGUGUCGUGUGUUUUGUUUCAUCCGACAGAACUAUUGUUAGUAUCGGGAAGUCAUGACAUGACUGUCAAGAUCUAUGAUUACGCAAAACCAUCGGUUAAAAGGGCUCUCAAAUCAAUACAGGAAGCGCAUGUAGUUCGUUGUCUUGCUUUUCAUCCAUCGGGUGAUUAUCUCUUGGUUGGUACACAACAUCCAACGUUAAGACUUUACGACGUGAAUACAGCGCAAUGUUUUGUGUCAGCCAUACCUUCAGACCAACAUAACGGUGCUAUAACUCAAAUAAAUUACUCUCCAAAUGCAUCCAUGUAUGUGACGGCAUCUAAAGAUGGAGAUAUUAGACUCUGGGAUGGAGUGAGCAAUAGAUGUAUAAAUGUCUUUCCUCGCGCUCACGAAGGCUUUGAAUUAUGUUCUGUGGUUUUCUCCAGAAAUGCCAAAUAUGUGCUGUCGAGUGGAAAGGAUUCAAUGGUUAAAUUAUGGGAACUAUCGAUGUCAAGGUGUUUAAUAGCUUAUACAGGUGCCGGUGCUUCUGGCAAACAAACUCAUAGAGCACAGGCAUGUUUUAAUCACACAGAGGACUACGUAUUAUUUCCGGACGAGAAGUCAAUGAGUCUUUGUUGUUGGGAUUCCCGUAACGCUGAACGACAACCACUGCUGUCUUUAGGCCACAACAACGCUAUUCGUCAGUUCUGUCAUUCCCUAACUCAACCGGCAUUUCUAACGUGUAGUGAUGACUAUAGGGCCCGGUUCUGGUAUCGCAGACCCGAUAACGUCAAUCUCUCAUAAUUUUUUUGAUCAUUUAAUGUCAUUUCAAAUUUUCUA